AUGGCUGACGCUGCCGUUGAGAACCCGGCGAAUGGCGUGGCGCCUCACAAGCGACCAGCUCCAACGGACACGAUUUCGGCCAUCGAUGCCCUCGAGGGAUCUGCGAACGAUAGCGGUGAUGACUAUGCGACUCUGAAAAGAUUGCAGAGGCAGCUUGAAUACAUCCGUCUGCAGGAAGAAUACAUCAAAGAUGAACAGAGGAGCUUGAAAAGGGAACUGGUUCGAGCACAAGAAGAAAUAAAGCGGAUACAGAGCGUACCGCUGGUGAUAGGGCAGUUUAUGGAGGCUAUAGAUCAGAAUACUGGUAUCGUACAGUCUUCAACGGGCUCCAAUUAUGUCGUUCGGAUUCUCUCUACGCUCGAUCGCGAGAAGCUGAAGCCUAAUUCCUCCGUCGCCCUGCAUCGUCACUCCAACGCUCUGGUUGAUAUCCUUCCACCAGAGGCAGACUCAUCAAUCGCCAUGCUAGGCGCGCAUGAAAAGCCUGAUGUUACCUACGCUGAUGUUGGCGGAUUGGAUAUGCAGAAACAGGAAAUCCGAGAGGCGGUUGAGCUUCCUUUAACGCAUGCCGACCUGUACCAGCAGAUCGGUAUCGACCCUCCGCGCGGCGUUUUGCUGUAUGGGCCCCCGGGUACAGGAAAAACUAUGCUCGUCAAGGCUGUCGCCAACAGCACCACUGCCAAUUUUAUCCGCGUUGUUGGCUCCGAGUUUGUCCAGAAAUAUCUGGGAGAAGGCCCCCGGAUGGUCCGAGAUGUGUUCCGGAUGGCACGGGAGAACGCGCCAGCCAUCAUCUUCAUCGACGAGAUCGACGCCAUUGCCACAAAGCGCUUUGAUGCCCAGACGGGCGCGGACCGUGAAGUGCAGCGUAUCCUUCUGGAGCUGCUCAACCAGAUGGACGGUUUCGACCAGGGAAGCAACGUCAAGGUGAUCAUGGCCACCAACCGGGCCGACACGCUGGAUCCCGCCCUGCUGCGGCCUGGCCGUCUCGACCGGAAGAUCGAGUUCCCCUCGCUCCGUGACCGACGGGAGCGCCGAUUGAUCUUCACCACCAUCGCAUCCAAGAUGUCGCUGUCGCCCGAGGUCGACCUCGACUCGCUGAUUGUGCGAAACGAGCCUCUCUCGGGUGCGGUCAUCGCGGCCAUCAUGCAGGAGGCUGGUCUGCGUGCCGUCCGCAAGAACCGCUACCACAUCAUCCAGUCGGAUCUGGAGGACGCAUAUGCUAGUCAAGUCAAGACUGCCCAGGAAGCCGAUAAGUUCGUUUCCCCUUUACCUCCCUUUGCAACACGACAAGCAUUCCCCCUGCUGACAUCACGUGCGCAACAGGUUCGAUUUCUACCGAUGAAGAAGAUGGUCUGCAGAUGGCAUGCAGGACCUGUCAGGUGGAAGAGGAUGUCGCUGUAG